UUUUUUUUUUUUGCAACGAAAAUAACCAUCCACUCAACACAGUGAGAAAAAAGAAAAGAAAAUAAAACAUUAGGAUAAUAACAUUUCAAGAAGCACCUCUUUUCUGAUUCUGUUAAACAUUAAUCAACGUGAAUAAUAUGAGUUCGACAUCGAAAAAUAAAUCAUCGAAUGUUGGACAUUCGAAUGAUGUAUCAGGAUCAUCAUCAUCAUCAUCAUCAUCAUCACAUCAUGUUCAUGGCCAUCAUCAUCAUCAUCAUCAUGGCAAUUCUUCUUCAUCUAAUAAUGUUGAAACGAUAAAUUUGUUGGUUGACAAUACCACAUUUGUGGUCAAUCCGGAAAUAUUUUCAUCAAAAAAAGAUACAAUGCUUUAUCGAAUGUUUUUUUCAUCACCAAGCAUUGCCAAACCGAAUGAAAAAGGACAAUACGUAAUUGAAGGCUUUUCAGCAACUGUAUUUGGUGCUAUUUUGGAUUUUUUCAAGAAUGGUAUCAUCAAGUGUCCACCAAGUGUUAGUGUUUCAGAACUACAUGAAGCUUGUGACUAUUUCCUUAUUCCAUUCGAUGCCUCCACUAUCAAAUGUCACAAUUUACGCGGAUUAUUGCAUGAAAUAAGUAAUGAAGGAGCUAAAGAACAAUUUGAAAAUUUUCUUUACGAAAAAAUAUUGCCAGAAAUGGUCAAUGCUGCUAAACGUGGAGAUCGAGAAUGCCAUAUCGUGAUUUUAUUGGACGAUGAUAAUGUCGAUUGGGAUGAAGAAUAUCCACCACAAACUGGAGAAGAAUAUUCACAGAUUAUUUACUCAACUCCAAUGUACCGUUUUUUCAAAUACAUCGAAAAUCGUGACGUUUCCAAACAAGUUUUGAAAGACAGAGGAUUAAAGAAGAUACGUCUUGGCAUUGAAGGAUUUCCAACACACAAGGAAAAAAUUCGUAGACGUACUGGUGAUCGACGUCCUGAAGUUAUUUACAACUAUAUCCAACGACCAUUCAUACGUAUGUCAUGGGAAAUGGAAGAGGCAAAAUCUCGUCACGUUGAUUUUCAAUGUGUUCGAUCGAAAUCAAUUACGAAUCUUUCACUGGAUGGUGAUGAACCUAAUUUAGAUUCUGAAACAGUGGCCCGUGUUGAUCUUGGUUCAUCAAAUGUCACAACUAAUGUCGAAACAAUUUAUGUAGAUCGUUCCACUAAUGGAAAUAAUGGCAACUGCAGCAACACUAAUAAUAAUGAAAACAAUAACAAUAAUAACAAUAUUGACACCAAUAUAACAAGCAGCAGUGGACAGAACAAAAACAUCAAUAAUAAUAAUAAUAAUAAUAAUGAUUCAAGUGAUUGAUUUUGAUAAUAAUUCAUCAUAAAGACGCUUUUACAUUAACAAUUAGUUUUA